UAAGACUGCCACUUUCCCAGCACGCCUCAUCCAUCCUAUAACCAGUCAUGAAUAUUAUCUGGUUGUGCAUCCCUUCUCUUCUGGGGUUUUCUUUAGUGUCCUCUGAUCAAACUGAAAGCAACUUCAGAGUUUUCCCAGCAGCCGGCCACAGUAUAGGUGGUGUACUACAGGUGAGUUUCCUAGGCAACGGAAACCAGCACCAGUACGCCUUCAAUGCCUCUGAAGCCCGGAAGGUCUGCCAGGACCUUGGACUCAGCAUUGCCUCCAAAGCUCAGGUGGAGGAUGCCCUCAGCAGAGGUUUGGAAACAUGCAGGUUUGGAUGGACUGAUGAACAAAUUGCAGUUAUUCCCCGCAUCCAUGCACUGGUUAACUGUGGCCAAAACAAGACUGGAGUGGUGCCAUGGCGAGCGUCCGUAACAACAUUGUUUGAUGUGUUCUGCUUCAAUGAAACGGAUGCAUUAAUACAAUUGAAGGAUGCAGUAACAGAUAACCCUCUGAGCACCACUGACCACACACACUCAGCAAACUCCACCCUCACAGCCCAGUCUACAUCCUCCUCAUCCACCCAUCCUCCUUUCUCCACAACCAAUCCUGAAACCAUAAACAAUGAGGUAGAACCUGCGCGAUUUUCCAGUCAUACACAAAGUUCUCCUGCAGCAAAGGUUGUACUCAUCACCUGCAUCUGUGGCAUACUCCUUGCAACAAUAGCUGUGCUUGCAUACCUAAAGCUGGGAAGGCACUGCUAUCUGCACUCUGAACAGAAGAUGCAGCAGCAGCAGGAUUGCCCGCAGACAGAAGAAUGGAUAUCUGUGAAGACUAUUACAGAAACUAAAGAAAAAGAAGUUCAAGAAGAUCAAAGGAUAGAUGUGGGAAAUCUGACUACUUCUGGUGCAGAAUAAACUUUUCUUUUUUUGUUUUUCUUUUGUUUUAUUUGUGGUUUGGA